UUGUUUGAAUGAAAAACCUACCUGUGAUUAAUGAAUGUAGCCUUUUAUCGGUUGUUGCACUGCCUGCUGAAAGCAUUAGUGUUUAAUGAAACAGUAUUCUGCGUCGAGAGAUUCUUAAAUUUCUCAGUUUCAAUGUUUUAAACAUUAAAUUUAAUCACUGUUGUGUAUAGAGGGAUCUAGAUGUAAAAAGCUGUCUAGAGCUGUGCUCAGAGUUUCUUUUGUGUACCAGCCUUCAAAAAAAUGUUGUUUGGUUGUAAAAGCUAUUUCUUAAUAUCAUUGUUCAAUCAAUUGUUGCUUCACUUGCCCCUUCAAUACAACCCUGUGUUGCAAGUGAUUUUACUUGUCAAACCAAAGAGUUUCACAAAGGGAAAGUGAGGUGUCAACUAUACCCUGACCCUGUACCCUAAACCCUGUUGCUUCUGUGUUAAAAAGUUUGUACAUAUAUAUGCUGUACCAGAUCUGUACCAGUGAAUCCAUCCAUAGGAAGGCCAAAGCCUUUUCUUCAUUAUUGUUUUGAAAGUUUUAAUUCAUGUUGUGCACAAAUAAGUAUUAGAAAAAUCUCCAGAAAAUAAAAGUAAAUUUUAAAGUGCACUCACAUUUUGUAUCAUUACACACUGUCCCUUUCUGCCUUCAUAAAACCUCAAACCAAAAAUGGUUUGAAUGGUAAUGGGCCGUUCACAAAUUACGUCACGCACCCUUCAUGGGGGGGGGGGGGGUAAUUACAAAAUUUUUAACACAGACCGGUCAAAAAAUAGCAAGUAAGACAGAACACCGACUAAUCAUAUAUGCAGUGAUAGGUAAAUGGAAACGCGACAACGUUAUAGGGGACGGGGUCAAAAAAUUGGCAGUACGAGUGUGACAUAAUACCGUGGUCACCGGGGAGUUAGGCCAGGUUAGUCACAUCGCUGUGAACCUGCGAACGAAGUUCACAAAUGUAAUUCAUUUCUGAUCAGUCUCUGACCUUUUCGCCAGUACCGCCCAAUUCGUGGUCCCCCUCCUCUCCCAAAUAAAGGAACACGCUGGUGAAUUAUGAAUUUCUCAUCACUGGGGUGACCUGCCCUCUCCCCGCCCCCCUUUCCUCCCUUUCACAUACACAAGCCGCAGGCAGUAUCGUCCUCAGAGCUGACGCGCUCCUCGCCGUACGGAGCAGUCCUGCCGCAGAGGGUGGGCCAUGUAGGACACCCGCUUGGUGUUCUAAAGUUACCGGGAGAAUGCCGUCCUUCUCGCUGGGGCCCGCGGGGCUGCGAGUUGCGCUCUCGGUCGCGCUGCUGUGGUGCGGCAUGUCCUCCGCCGAGUCAACCACGGCUGCCGACAUGACCACGGCCGCCGACAUGACCACGGCUGCCGACAUGACCACGGUCUCCGACCUGACCGCGGCUAGCGACUUCGAGUCCACCACGGCCGUCGAUCCGACCACGACCGCCACGACCUGGUACUGGGGAGAGCCCACCACCGCGGCUCGCACCUGGCCGCCGUGGUCCUGGGGCGGGCUCAACGUCACGGAACCCACCCCCGUCCGGCCCGAGAGACCUCUCCAACCCCUGGUCGCGCACCUGAUGGGCAAACUGAUCCGCGCCACCGUCGCCCCAGAAACCAUCUGGGCCGCCACGGUGGAGAAGCAGCGCUGCUUCCCCCGGCCGGGGUCGCCCGGCCCCGUGCCCGCGCUGGUCGCCAGGCUGGCGGAGCACGAGCUCGAGGGCUGCGACCCCGCCCUCAUCUGGGACGCCUCCAUCCCCGCCGGCGAGGACACGCUCCGCGAGAUCAUCGCCGCGCUGACGCGGCCGUACGUGCUCGCCAGGACGCCCGUCAACACCGCGCCGCCCUGGCUGUACCAGCCCGUCAGCCCGCCGUACGCGCGCCGCCGGCGCGGCUCCUGGCGCCACGUCCUCCCGCCGCGCCAGAAGUGCCGCCACAUCCUGGCCAUCGUGGACGACGUGAUGGCCGUGGGCUCGCUGCUGGGCAACCUCAGCGAGCCCCGCGUCGUGGUGGUGACUCGCUCGCCGCUCUGGCGCAUCCGUGACUACCUGGGCAGCUCCAUAGCGCGCAACAUCCGCAACCUGCUCGUGGUGCACGACCGCUCCUGGCGGCACGGCUCGCCCGCGACUGGCUACCCGGACAUGAACCUGCUCACGCACCGCCUCUUCAUGGACUCGCUUGGCUACUCCAAGGCGCAGGUGUUGACGUCCUGGCGCUGCGACCGGCUCACCCGCCCGGACACCAACCUCUUCCCGAUCAAGAUGCUCGAGGGCUUCGCCGGCCAUCAGUUCGGCGUGUCCGCCGCUGAAAUGCCUCCGUAUUUGUACCGGACGGUGCUAAACAGUGACGGGGACAUACACUGGGAUGGCAUCGAAAUACGCCUGCUGCAGCUGCUGGCGGAGAGGCUCAACUUCACCAUUGCCAUCCGUGAUGCGUCCAACGACGACUUGUCCUCGUAAUUAAGAUUUUCAGUACAGAACGAAUCCAUUUUUCAUUCGGUUUAAGAUAAACCGGUUUAGGCCUUUUGUAGUUGGGGAUCAUUCAGAACAUACGUCCGUCAUGCGCCGUUGCGAAACUGCCAAGUUCUGCCUAUGCGAUCACGAUCACCCAUGGCGCCUGAUGGGUAGGCAAUAUCUGUCCUUCAGUGCACGCGUGUACUGCGGGGCGGCCUAUCCCGAGUAUCGCAGGCGCUGAGCUGCCGUAAUAAGCUAAUGAA